UAAACACAGAAAAUUUGUUAGGACUUUUCAACUUAAUAUUUGAAUUUAGGAUUCAGGAAUUAAAAUCCAAUUAAACUCGUACUUCGCAUCCAGCAUAUUAUAUUUUAAAUACAUAUCCGGCUUUUUAUACUUUAAUUCAUACACAACUCUGGUAUCGUUGGUUAUUAUUAUGAUAAUUUGUAGGAAUAGCGAUAACAAAACUAUAUGAAUAUGGUUCGUAAGUGCUUUUUGCGCUGUGUCUUGGAUUCGCAUGCGCCUAUAUUUUUACCACAUAAGGUUGAGACAGUACUGGGACGUAGCAAAAUAACUAAGAUAAAAGAUCUGUCGUGCUCUCGACAACAACUUAGUCUAAAAGCUGAUUGUGAUGAAUGUUUAGUUGAAGUGAAGCAAAUAGGAAUAAAUCCGUCAGGUUUAGACGGUUUCGCAUUGAAGAAGGAUGGCGUGUAUAAAAUUAAACAUGGUAGUAAAAUAGAAAUAUUAGUAAACCAGUACUUUCAUGUAAUUGAGUUUGACCCACCUCCUGAUGAUUAUGAAAAACCAAAAUUAGGUGUAAAACGUAAAUCGAGUGAGACGCCGGAACAAAAACGAAAACUUAUAAAAACAGACUCAGAUAACAUGGAGGUAAAAGGAUGCCUGGAAAGUUUUUGGGAAGAUGUAGACAAGGGUGAGGUUUACAUCUAUACAUCAAAAGGUGUGAAAUCAAGUGCCAAAAUAGCUGCAUUUGAUAUGGAUGGAACUUUGAUAAAGACCAAGUCAGGGAAAGUACAUCCAGUGGACACAAAUGAUUGGCAGAUAAAUUUUCCUUGUGUGCCACAGAAGUUGACUGAAAAACAUAAAGAUGGGUACAAAAUUGUGCUGAUGAGUAACCAGUCACCGAUUGGUAGUGGUAGAGUGAAAAUAGAGGAUUUCAAAAAGAAGAUUGAGGGUGUGGUUGCUAAAUUGGAUGUUCCCGCUCAAGUUUUCAUUGCUACAGGGAAGGGAUUCUUUAGAAAACCAGCUACUGGCAUGUGGGAUGUACUUGCUGAGCAGAAAAAUGAUAAUAUACCAAUUGAUAUGCAAGCCAGUUUCUAUUGUGGUGAUGCAGCUGGUAGGAAUGCAAACUGGGCACCAGGCAAGAAGAAAGAUCACUCCAUGGCUGAUAUUCUUCUAGCAGAGAACCUCGGCCUCAAGUUCUUUACGCCUGAACAAUUCUUCUUAGGCCACUCUAUUGCUAAUGUGCCCAUGAGUCGUCCAGAAUUCAUUCCGAAAGAUGUGAAAUCUGAACCGUUUAAUGAAAAAUUGAUUAGUUCAGAACAAGAGCUACUUGUGAUGGUGGGAUACCCAGGGAGCGGUAAAUCGUUUAUAGCCAAACAAAUUGAGAAGAAAUCAAACAACAAGUAUGUCACUGUAUGCAGAGACGUCCUUGGUUCCUGGCAGAAAUGUUCAGCUGAAGCGUCAAAGUAUUUGCAGCAAGGCAAAAGCGUGAUAGUAGACAGUACAAAUCCCGACUUGGAGUCGCGAAGUCGCUGGACGGCGCUCGCCAAAGAGAAACGGGUGCAAUGUAGAUGUGCCAAGAUGACAACUAGCAAGGCACACGCACAACAUAAUAAUAAGUUUAGAGAAAUAUUGAAGACGAAACAUUUGCCUGUGAAUGAUAUCGUUUUUAAUACUUUUAAAAGCAAAUUUGUUGAACCAACAGUAAAAGAGGGCUUCAAGGAAGUACUAGAAGUGAAAUUCAAUCCCGUUUUCGAAGAUGAACCGGCUGAAAAACUGUAUAGAAUGUUUUUGUUAGAAAAAUAAAAUAAUUUAUCAUGAAUUGUGAAAUAAAAGACAUUGUUAUUUA